CAUCUCCUGAUGCUUUUCUAUCUCAUUCCCUUCUCCCGAUCAGUUAUUUUGUUUUGUAACCGAUCAAGUGACACGGACAAGACGGAGACCACAACCCUCCAAAAGCAGCGAUGGCAGACACAAGCCGCAAAGCAGAGACAAUGGAUAUCCUGGGACAUAGCUGUUCCAAUGCGGAUGAGUUAACCAAUGAUCACUACCUUAAAAAGGGUGCGAUCCUGGUGGAUGGCGUGGUCUUGAAUGGGCCUCUUCUGGAUGCAAAAGCAGGAGAGAAGUUUGUUGAGGAGGCAUUCCCAAUCAUCAUGGAAGAUGCCAUAAAGAAAGCAACUGAUGUCAAUGAAAAGGUGUGUGAAUGGCAGCCUCCAGAAGAGCUGAUGAAACUUCUUGACCUGGAAUUGAGGGACACAGGAGAAUCUCAUCAUCAGCUGCUACAACGUUGUCAGGAUGUUAUCAAGUAUAGUGUGAAAACAGAGAAAAUUUAAUCUCUGGUGCUGAAUUAACAGAUUACACUGGCAUCAAUACAGGGAAAGAACAAAUCAGCCAGGGAUGCAGAUGGAAC